AUGGCAGAUACUGAUCGAUACGAUUACUUGUUACAGUCAUGUACUUACAAUGAUAAAUACCGUUUUGUCGAUCAAAAUAGCUGCUUGGUUUGCGAUAAAUUCUUCCUGCAGAUGUGGGAAAAUGACAUGUAUCGGUUGCAAGGCGCAACAAAACGUACGUUUAUUCAUUUUGUACCACCAGAACCGCUCACUCGUCUGGAAUGCAGAGUGCGCGUACUUCACUGUUGCGGAUGUGCUGAAAGGGCCUGUGAAAGAAAAAUUUUGCCGAUUUUGAUCACUUAUCCACAGCAAGUGAUCAACUUAGCAAUCAUUAAUGGUCAAGCAGCAGAAAUCUUCGACACUUCAGUAGCCAAUUGGCCCAAGUGGAUUUGGCUUCUCAUUGUUUUGGGACUUAUUCUACUUCUUUGUCUGUUACCCUUACUCUUGUUAAUAUGUUCUCAACUGUACAUGAGCAAAAGGAAGGUAUCAGAUCCCAAAGCCAUAGUUCCACGAUCGACUCCAAUUUCAAAUAUUCUUGUUCGAACAAAAGAAAUGGAAGGAGAUGGUGCUUCAGAAAGGCCAUCGGUACUACCACUACCACCACCACCUCUACCACCAUCUACCCGUAUAUUCCGUAGUCCAGCUGAUUCACCAUCUGAAAGCAUUCAUUCAACUGCCAGUCAGUCUCGCACUGCGGUUAUUAUCAGGCAACAACAACCUCGCACGUCCUGGGCAGAUCGCAGUUUCCGAAAUGAGAUUGAGUCGAGACCGAAGCUGGGAAGACAUAUGGGAACAUGUCAUUUGGAAAGCGUAAUUGAGGAACGCAGAGACUUGGGUAAGUAUGAAGAAGCCACGGGGUCAGGAAGCAAAUUCCAAUCCAGUCCGGAUGAAUACUACAUCGAUCAAGUAAGUCCCGAAAAGGCGAUACAUCAGCAAACUGCCUGUGAAGAAAAAUUCUUUAAAAAAAGCGAUCGUCAAAAUAGAAUGCUUGAAGAAGGUUAUGACUGUGCCCAGCUUACAUAUACUACGCCUGAGAAACAUUUCUUCCAUUCCGAAAUUGUUUAA